AUGUCGUUGCUUGAUGCUCUAGACUCGUCGUCCACGAGGAUCUUGUUAGGAUGUCUUUUAUUAGCAGGCAUCGCCUACACCCUCUACCGCUCAAUGCUACCCCGUCCCUUAGCGGACAUCCCCUACAACGUCUCAGCGACCAAUCGUAUCCUGGGCGAUCUCCCCGACGUCAAGGCAUUCGGGAGCUUGACCGACUGGUUAGCGACGCAGGCUGUUCAACACCAAUCACCGUUAUUCCAGGCUUUUAUCCGCCCUUUUGGGAAGCCGUGGGUUGUUGUCGCUGAUCAUUAUGAGGCCGCUGAGAUUUGCACGCAUCGGGUGAAGGAGUUUGAUAGAGGGACGUCGAGCACUGCUAUUUUUCAUUGUGUUGUGCCCCGGGCGCAUAUCACGCUUACGAGUUCGGAUCCGCAGUUUAGGAAGAAUAAGGAGCUUGUGAGGAAUUUGAUGACGCCGUCGUUUUUGUCAGAGGUAUCUGCGCCUGAGAUUUAUGACAAGUUUUCUCGCCUAAUUGAGCUCUGGGGUAUGAAGACUGAGUACGCUAAUGGUCAGUUCUUCUCAGCCUCAAAGGAUGUACACAACGCCGCGCUUGAUAUCAUCGUAUGCGCAGCUUUUGGCCUGGACACUCAGCAUACCCAACUAGUCAAAGAGAUCCAAGAGCUCACUCCAGACAAUGACACCACAUCAAGCAAGACCGACGGCGAAGUUGCGUUCAAAGAACUCCCCCUCAAUGAAGAGCUCAACGCCUUAGCUACUGUCGCUGAGAGCGUCGCCAAGAUCAUCAAGACGCCUUCUCCGCCACUAUUCCACUGGAUGUAUCGAACCUUUUCGGCGAAACUAAAGAACGCCUUUGUCCUUACCAAGCAGUUACAGGAUCGGGAGAUCGCAAAUGGUAUCAAGAGAAGAGCGAAUGGAGAGGCUAUGAAGUGUGCGCUCGAUGAGAUCUCUGUUCGUGAAGAGGCGCUGGCAAAGAAGGAGGGGAGAGAGCCUGACUACUACUCUCAGGUGAUCACUAGUGAAUUAAUGACCUACCUCAUCGGCGGUCAUGAAACAACCUCCUCAGCUGUGCGAUGGGGCCUGAGCUAUCUCAGUGUCGAGCAAAGAGCUCAGUCCGAACUUCGCAACGCGCUUCAAUAA